CUGACUGGCGGCACUGACUGGCACAACCCCUGGGCAGUGACUGGUGGCACUGACUGGCAGCACUGCUGGGCUGCACUGGUAGGUGGCACUGGUGGGCGGCACUGGUGGGUGGGCACAGGUGGGUGGCACUGGACACAGGUGGGUGGGUACAGGUGGGUGGCAUUGCUGGGCACAGGUAGGUGGCACUUCUGGGCACAGGUGUGUGACACUGCUGCAGAGUGGCACAGGUGGGUGCACUGCUGGGCACAGGUGGGUGAUCUGCUGGGCACAGGUGGGCGGAGCUAGUGGGCGCACUGCUGGGCACAGGUGGGCGGAACUUGCGGGUGGCACUGCUGGGCACCGAUCAGGGCACUGAUCAUCACGUGUCAUUGGACACCGCUGAUCACGUGGUAAAAGGCCGCUGUGAUUGGC